ACAUAUCAACAUGGCAGCUAGGAGCACGGAGAAUACAAUGCAAAAGCUUUUGCUACCGUUUUUGGUUCUCAUUCUGGUUUCGUUCUCCUCUCCAACGUGGAGUUCUGAUCAAUCUGAAUCGACCUAUUCGCACUUUGUGCUCGUUCAUGGCGCAUGUCUUGGCGCUUGGUCAUGGUACAAGGUCAUUACCCUCUUGCAAACGGCUGGUCAUAAAGUGACUGCACUCGACAUGGCCGCUGCUGGGAUCAACCAGACGCAGCCCGAGUCGUUGGCAUCGCUUACCGAGUACUUCGAGCCAUUGUUGAGCUUCAUGGAAGCGUUGCCUUCAGAUGAACGGAUUGUUCUGGUCGGCCACAGCCUCGGCGGGCUCGGUAUCUCCAUGGCCAUGGAGAGGUUCCCUGAGAAAGUCUCUGUUGCCAUUUUUGUGACUGCAGCCAUGCCUGGUCCCAUCGUGGGGUCUUUUACCAUUGAGAAACUGAUGAAAAUACUUCAAAUGCUAAGAGCCUUCUACUCUGAAGAGGAUUCCAAAGCUUCUAAUUCGAACCUAUUCCUAUUCUCUCAAGAAGAAUUGGAAGCCAAGCUUUUCCCUCUCUCGCCACCUGAGGAUCUGACAUUGGCAACAACACUGGUGAGGCCCCAAGCGAUGUUCGGCAUUUUGGAGUCGAUGAAGGAGCUGAGGCUGACAAGAGACAAAUACGGGUCGGUGAAAAGGGCUUUCAUCAUAUCAGAAAAGGACGAGAUGACAUCCAUGAUCAUGGUGUGGGCAAUGCUCACAUUCAACAAGCCAGACCGUCAGGCCGUGGUUAAGGGUUCAGAUCACAUGGUCAUGGCUUCCAAGCCCCUUCAACUUGCCCAACAACUCACCACCAUCGCUCAAGACUUCGCUUCUUCUUCCACAUAUGAUAUGUAAUUAAUAAUAUGUUGA